AUGAGCAGGACUGGUGGGAAGCUGCUCAGAUGUUUACAAGUCGCCCCUUCCUGCGGUGAGAACGCUGCUUCCUGCUUCUCCGCGGCUCUUCCCAGCGGGCCGGGAAGACUUGAGGUCCCGCCCGGCUCUGGGGGUGGCCCCUCCGAGGAUCUUGAGUGGAGGGACUCCUCUGAUGUCAGCGGGCAAGACAGGAUGUUAAAACAUUUUGGAGAGAGAAGAGGUUGGUUAGAUUUAAUGCAGGGGUCAGCCAACCAUGGCUGGGGUGUGUGGCCCUAUGAGCUAAGAUGGGUUUUAGUUUUUAUUUUUAUCAUAUUUUCAAGGGGUUAG